AUGUUACGGCCAGACCGGAUUUGGCGAAUAUUUUACACGCACAGAUUUCGUACUGAUCUAUUCGCAAAUGGCAUGCGCUGCACCUUUUCGUCUUCGACUGCGGGUGGUUCGUUCGAUGUGAUAGUGGUCGGUGGAGGUCAUGCUGGCACUGAAGCAUGCAGUGCGGCAGCUCGGAUGGGAGCACGCACACUGCUGGUAACGCAGAAACGGUCCACCAUCGGUGAAAUGUCAUGCAAUCCAUCGUUCGGCGGUAUUGGCAAGGGCCAUCUCAUCCGCGAGGUGGAUGCACUGGAUGGUGUUUGUGCGCAAUGUUGCGACCGAAGUGGUGUCCAGUAUAAGGUGCUGAAUCGACGAAAGGGUCCAGCCGUGUGGGGACCAAGGGCCCAAAUCGACCGAAAGCUGUACAAACGCGAAGUGCAGCAAACGCUCGAGAACACUCCGAACUUAACCAUAAUGGAAGCAUCGGUAGAGGACAUUGUGCUAAGCGAGCGAGCUGAACAGCCCCGAUUGGCCGGUGUAAAGCUGGCCGAUGGUCGUACGAUUGUAGCAAACAGUCUAGUCAUUACAACGGGCACGUUCUUACGGGGACAAAUAAACAUCGGACUGGAAACGCGCCCAGCUGGCCGUAUCGGAGACGCAUCGGCAAUAGGGUUGGCGAAAAGCAUCGAACAGUUGGGGUUCCGAUUGGGACGUUUGAAGACCGGCACGCCGCCACGCAUUCACCGGGACUCGAUCCGUUUCGAGCAACUGCCACGCCACCCGGGUGAUAAUCCUCCCGUUCCGUUUUCGUUUCUGAACGAUCGCGUUUGGCUUGAGCCGCAUCAGCAGCUCGAUUGUUUUCUCACGCAGACAACCGCACAGGUGAACGAUAUCGUACUGCGCAAUCUGCACUGCAAUCGACACGUAACGGAGGAACUGACCGGACCCCGUUACUGUCCCUCGAUCGAGUCAAAGAUACUGCGGUUCGGACACAAGCUGCACCAGAUAUGGCUGGAACCGGAAGGCUUUGAUAGCGAGUUGAUCUACCCGAAUGGACUGUCGUGCACGCUACCGGCCGAUGAGCAGACACAGCUUGUGCGCUGUCUGCAAGGACUCGAACAGGCGGAAGUAGUCCGUCCCGGGUACGGCGUUGAAUACGAUUUCGUGGACCCUCGCGAACUGUUUCCAACGCUCGAAACCAAACGCGUGAGGGGCUUGUUCCUAGCCGGGCAAAUCAAUGGUACGACAGGCUACGAAGAGGCAGCCGCGCAGGGUCUUCUAGCCGGUGCUAACGCAGCUGCCAGCGCACUCUCUCGACCACCACUAACCGUGAGCCGAACCGAAGCCUAUCUGGGUGUGCUUGUGGACGAUCUGACCACACUCGGCACGAACGAACCGUAUCGAAUGUUUACGAGCCGAGCCGAGUUUCGACUGAGCCUGCGUCCGGACAAUGCAGAUUUACGGCUCACGGAGAAAGGCUACGCAAUGGGUCUGGUGUCCGAAGAGCGCUUCCAACGGACGGUAUCGAUAAGAGCACGAUUAGCGAAAGCCGUAGAACAGUUGCGAGAUAUUCGGAAAGGUAGCAAUCAGUGGCGUGCGGCGAUGCAACUGCCACCGGCAAAGGCAAGCGUGUUUAAGAGUGCAUUUGAGAUGCUGGCCAUCUCGAACGAUGCAAUCACGACCGAACGGGUGUGCGCCGUUGAACCGAGCGUGCUCGGUUGGGUACUGGACGACCCGGAGCUUUGUCAGAGGCUUAAAAUCGAAGCACUGUACAGUCUUUCGAUCGAGGAUCAGUCGCGUGAAGUUGAGGAGGUGUUGCGGAACGAGAGUCUCAGGAUCCCGGACGCAAUUGAUUACCUUUCGAAAUCUCUUAACCUAUCCUUCGAAGAGCAAGAGAAGUUGGUCAAAAUUCAGCCUCAAACGAUUGCUGCCGCUAGUCGAAUUCAAGGCAUAACGCCAUCUUCCAUCGUCCGGUUGGUAAAAUACGUAAAGCAACACGAAUUGAGUGCCGUCGCCUAA